AAAAACUGAUACAGUUUAUAUCAUACAUUUUAUGAAGUCUCCGAAGGCAGGUGCUCCACAUUAACGGCUGCCUACGAUCCACCCAGUACAAUUCGAACGUACGCAGGAUAAUCACGUCAAAUGAAGCGAACGAUUGCGCCCAUCUUUAGGAUCUCGCUGAGCGGUGGUUGCGCGCUUUAAAUCCGCCGAAUCGACCAAACACAACGCGAACCAGCGGCAUCGCCGAGGCGCAUUCUCUGCUCUCUACCUCUACGUCUACGGAUUUCGACUCGGGUCGCCUCUCGCUUCGGUUCUCAGUUCACCUCUCGGUUCAGUUUCCGUUGGAUUCCGCUCGAAUCCCGCUCGCUUCCUUCGGGCUCGUCUACGACCCAUCGGGGGUGGCCUUCUCCCCGCGUUUGUCCGCCGGAAUUCCCGCGGAAGAAGCGACGAUAACCAAGGGCUCGCCCGAAGCGGUUUUUUCGGGCCGGUAACGGUUCUUCGCAGCGUUCCCAUCUUGUGGUGACGUUCGCUUCUUCGGUUCUUCGCCGCGUUUCCUCUCGAACGCCCGAUGUGGUUUUAAUUGAGACGUUUCGACCUCUCGAUGGACGAUUUCGAACGGCGACCGAGAUGAGUUAGUUAAUUGGGUGCUUGUGGUCCGAGGUAUGGAUGUAAACAGAAACUGAGGUGGUCGUGGGUGCGCGCAAAUGGUAUUCGAUAAGAGAUAACACGCACACGAGGGAAGGUGAUAUUUGUUUGGAUUUAAACCACCCGUUGGAUUAUGUAGUGAAGGCUCUCGAGCUGGAGGUACCUACCAAGGUGGUAUGUCAGAUGGCCCUGAAUGAACGUCAGCGACGCAGUCGGGGGCGUCGUCGCAACUCCAUCGACUGUGGGAGCGGAGCUCCGCGAGGCGGCCGGCCGCGGUGAUGUGGCCGCGUGCCGCCGACACCUGGGGGCGGCGCGGCUGGCGCGCUUCUCGCGCGACGACCGCGGCCGCACGGCCCUCCACCUGGCGGCGUCGAACGGCCGCCGCGACGUCGUGCGGCUGCUGCUGUCGGUGGCGGCGCCCGGCGAGGUGGACGCGGCCGACGCCGCCGGAUGCGCCGCCCUGCAGCGCGCCGCCUCCGAGGGCCACGAAGAGGUGAUGCGGCUGGUGCUGGCCAGGGGCGGCGACGUCAACGGGCAGGACCACGUCCACGGCAACACGGCGCUCCACGAGGCCUCCUGGAAGGGCUACAGCAAAUCGGUGCGCCUCCUGGCGUCCGCCGGCGCCCACUUGAACCGCCGCAACGCCGGCGGCUUCACGGCGCUCCACCUCAGCUGCCAGAACGGCCACAACCAGACCUGCAGGGAGCUCCUGCUGGCCGGCUGCGACCCCGACAUACAGAACAACUACGGCGACACCGCGCUGCACACAGCCGCCAGGUACGGCCACGCCGGCGUCACGCGCAUCCUGCUAUCGGCCCAGUGCCGCGUCUCCGAGCAGAACAAGAACGGCGACACCGCCCUGCACAUCGCCUCGGCGAUGGGCCGCAGGAAGCUCACCAGGAUCCUGCUGGAGGCGGGCUGCGCGAAGGGCGUGCGCAACAAGCAGAACGAGACGGCAGCGGAGAUCGCCGUGCGCAAGGACCUGUUCGAAAUCGUCGACAUCCUCAACGAGACGGGCGCCUUCAAGGACGGCAGGCGCGCCAAGAGCGUGAAGAAGAGGUCCAAGAGCAAGGUGAAGUUCGACGAAAGCGCCGGGAAAGAAGUACCGUUAGAGCCGAAACCGUGGUCGCCGUAUGGUUGCCAUUACUUCCCCGAUCCGAAGAACUUCCCGUCGCCGCGGCUGGACUCGUUGCCCCAAGAGCCACUAAAGAAGGGAGAACAGUAUUAUUUAGAUUUAGCAGGUAAUAUUUGCAAAGGUCCCAUAGGAGUAGGAUACACUUGUUACUGCGCACCGUUAUUUAAGCACCUGGAGGCUCGAAUCGAGAAGGACAAGAAGGAGCUGCAGAAGGCGCACUUCAGGCUGAAGCAGCGCGUGAUCGGGCUGGAGCAGAAGCUAAAGCGAGGCCAGCAGGCCAGGAGGUCCGAGAGGGUACUGUCCACCAGCUGCAGAGAGAAACAAACCGUGUUGCCUAGAUCCAGAAGCUUGGAAAUGCUCUACGAUGACGACAAACCGCAGAUGCAAACCACCAGGAGCAUGGACGAGCUGGAUCCGCCGGAGGAAGCGACCGCCGCCAGGCCUUCGGUGAAGGAAAUCGUGGCGAAGAUCCAACGACUGAACGUCUCCAACCAAGGCAACGACAGCGAAAGCAGCGAGGAGGACGACCUUCCGGCGAAAGGCGACAGACAAUCGGCGUCCAACCCGGGCCCCUCUUCGCUGGACUUCCCGGGCGGCGCGGUGCCGCGCAGCAGGACGGGCGUGUACAGCCCCACGAUAGUGAACAGUGUGUUGGUGAACCACGUGCCGCUGGUGGAGAUCCGCGAUUCCGCGAGUUACGCGCCGCUGAAAAGGACGCCGGUGUACCGGACGGACGUCGGCUUCGUGGAGCCGUAUAAGAUACAGUACUACGACAACGCGGUGGCCGAGAGGCGCAUCUUGAACGGGCCCAAGUCGUUCGACGGCGACGACGGCGCCGCGGCGUCGGCCAGCGUGCCCGACAAUAUCGAUAGGGAUACUAAUAACGAUUCGGGGUAUUCCACGAAGGUGUACGGGAGUUCCAAGGGGAACUCGCCGAGUUUGUGCGGGAAAAUCGACGGCGAUUGUCUCGGUUCGUCCAGUUUAGUUUAAUUGAUCGAUAUCAUUUCGUUUCUGAGAGAAAUAAAA